AUGCCUGAGCACAGCCCACAAGGCAGCCCCCAAACCCUGCAGCAGCCGGGCAGGACUCUGCUGUGGAAGAAAGGUCGUGAGCAGGACCGGGCCCGGCUGGACCUCCUGCUCUGUGAGCACCCGGCAGCCUGGGCAGCCUCUUUGGCUGUGGGUGGGUGUGGAGGGAGUAAGCUGACCACUGUGGCCGGGGGUGAGCGGUUGUUGGCGGUAGAGGAGCACAGCAAAGAUCCCCAGGGCAGCAGAGCAGGGUGCCAUCAUCAUGGUCAGUUGCUAGGAUCAGCCAAGAGCAGGCAGGAUCGUGAGUGGAUCCACUGUGAGGAGCAUUUCUCCCGGGAGCCCGGAGAGGCGGAUCUGGCCUCUGGGCAUCGCUGGCACUGGCAAGAAGCCAGGCUGCCCCAGGUGCUUUGUAGCCUCCAGGAGGAAAUGAGGGCACGACUCAACUCGGCCAAAUGCCCUGCAGUUUCCUGCAGUAUGUCUCCUGAUAUUCUGGAGAGUGUUGGCAUCGAGAGAGCUUAUGCAGAGGAGUCUCGAGCCCAUAUUGAAGAGAGCUUUGAGAUCAACGCCAAUUUCGACUGCAAGGAGGACUUUGAGGUCAAUCUUUGCUUCAGUGAUGGGGUGGUCGGUGCCGAGACCGGGUCUGCCAAUUCGGAUCUUGGGAUGGGCAUCAAGCCCCCGGAUCCCACCCUCGGGCCCCCUCCGACCAUCGGCUGGUGCAGCUGGCAGAGCGGCGGCCCCCCAGCCUUGGCAGACCCAGGAGGACUCGCGGGGGCGCCUGCUGGCGAUCCCCUGCAACUGCUGCGGAGGGGCUUCCCGCCUCCGGCACAGGCCGCCAUCGAGAGCCGAGCGGGCCGGCAGGCGAGGGAUGCUGGCGCCUUCACCCCACGCCUCGAUCCAACCCCUUUCAAAGCUGCUGUGCUGCCCGAGCACAACCCGAGCUACCCGUGGGCCUGGCCGCGCGUGGGGCCCGCCGUGGACCUGGCGCUGGAGGCUCUGGAGCCGGCGCUGCGGGCCGCAGGGCUGUCCAUGCGCACCGUGUUCGCCACGUCGGAGCUGAACGGCGCCUGCUCGGAGUCGGUGGCGCCGCUCAAGGCGGUGGACCUGAAGCUCUACCACGACCCGGACGUGCUGCUCGGGCCCGGCUGCGUCUACCCGGCCGCCUCGGUGGCUCGCUUCGCCUCGCACUGGCGCCUGCCGCUCCUCACCGCCGGCGCCGUGGCCUUCGACUUCAGCCACAAGAAGGAGCACUACAGCACGCUGGUGCGCACCGGGCCCUCGGCCCCCAAGCUGGGCGUCUUCGUGGCCCACCUGCACGAGCACUUCAACUGGAGCUCUCGCGCCGCCCUCCUCUACGUGGACCGCAAGAGUGACGACCGGCCUUUCUACUUCACCAUCGAGGGCGUCUACCAGGAGCUCCGCCACACCGGCCUCACCGUGGGCCACCACAUCUACGCGCCCCGCGACAACGGCAGCAGCGGCAGCGGCAGCAGCGCCGGCACCACCGGCGGGGCCGACGAAGGAGGCGGCCCGGACACGGCCGUCCAGUUCAUCAAGGCCAGCGGCCGAGUCAUCUACAUCUGUGGCCCCCUGGAGAUGCUGCACCAGAUCUUGCGCCUGGCCCAGGAGGAGAGCAUGACGGGUGGCGACUACGUGUUCUUCUACGUGGAUGUCUUUGGCGAAAGCCUGCGUGCGGAAGGGAGCCGCGAGAGAGCCAAGCCCUGGCAGAGCAGGGAGGGCCAGGACCCCGGGGGCCUGCGGGAGGCCUUCCGGACGGUCCUGGUCAUCACCUAUCAUGAGCCCCAGAACCCAGAAUACCAGGCCUUCCAGAGGCAAGUGAUUCUGCGCGCCCAGAGGGACUUCCACGUGGAGCUGAAUGACUCACUGGUAAGGCUCGUGGCCGGCUGCUUCCACGACGGCCUGCUGCUCUAUGCCAUGGCUCUGAACGAGACGCUGAGCGAGGGCGGCACCAAGCGCAACACCAGCCGCAUCCUUGAGAAGAUGAAGGGGCGGAACUUCCAGGGGGUCACCGGGACCGUCAGCAUGGAUGACAACAAUGACCGGGACACCGAUUUCGACCUGUGGGCCAUGGCGGACCUGGAGAGCGGCGAGUACCAGGUGGUGGGGCACUACGUGGCGUCAGAGAAAGAGGUGACCUGGCUGGGGCCCAUCCAUUGGGUGAAGGGGGCCCCUCCGCUGGAUAACCCGCCCUGUUUUGACACGGACGACCUCUCCUGUGACAAAAGUCCACUCAGCACCCUGGCUGUGGUGGCCCUCGGGGCCGGGCUGACCUUCGUCAUGUUCGGCAUCUCCAGCUUCCUCAUCUUUAGGAAGCUGAUGCUGGAGAAAGAGCUGGCCAGCAUGCUGUGGCGGAUCCGCUGGGAGGAGCUGCAGUUUGGGAGCUCCGAGCGCUAUUACAAAGGGGCCGGCAGCCGCCUCACCCUCUCGCUGAGAGGGUCCAGCUACGGCUCCCUGAUGACAGCACACGGCAAGUACCAGAUUUUUGCCAACACGGGACUUUUCAAGGGAAACGUCGUGGCCAUCAAACACGUGAAUAAGAAGCGGAUUGAGUUGACGAGGCAGGUGCUCUUCGAACUCAAACAUAUGCGAGACAUCCAGUUCAACCACCUGACCCGAUUCAUUGGAGCCUGCAUUGACCCCCCCAACAUCUGCAUCGUGACCGAGUACUGUCCCCGGGGCAGCCUGCAGGACAUUUUGGGGAACGAGAGCAUCAGCCUGGACUGGAUGUUCCGCUACUCGCUCAUCAAUGACAUUGUGAAGGGCAUGGCCUUCCUGCAUAACAGCAUCAUCGGCUACCAUGGCAGCCUCAAGUCGUCCAACUGUGUGGUGGACAGCCGCUUCGUGCUGAAGAUCACUGAUUAUGGCCUGGCCAGUUUCCGCCAGAGCAGUGAGAGUGAGGGCAGCCAUGCCCUUUAUGCCAAGAAGCUGUGGACAGCCCCUGAGUUGCUGCAGAAGCGGGCCCUGGCUCUGUCACCCCUAGCCAUGCAGAAAGCAGAUGUGUACAGCUUUGGAAUCAUCCUCCAGGAGAUUGCCCUGCGCAAUGGAGCCUUCUACAUUGAGGGCAUGGACCUCAGCCCCAAGGAGAUUGUGCAGAAGGUGCGCAACAGCCAGAGGCCAUACUUCCGACCCACCGUUGACAUGCGCCUGCACAGCGAGGAGCUGGCGGUCCUGAUGGAGCGCUGCUGGGCCCAGGACCCCGCCGAGCGGCCAGACUUCGCCCAGAUUAAGAUCUUCAUCCGCCGUUUCAACAAGGAAGGUGGGACCAGCAUCCUGGACAACCUGCUGUCGCGCAUGGAGCAGUACGCCAACAACCUGGAGAAGCUGGUGGAGGAGCGCACGCAGGCCUACCUGGAGGAGAAGCGCAAGGCGGAGAACCUGCUGUACCAGAUCCUCCCCCAUUCUGUGGCUGAGCAGCUGAAGCGCGGAGAGACGGUCCAGGCCGAGGCCUUUGACAGCGUGACCAUCUACUUCAGUGACAUUGUGGGCUUCACCUCCUUGUCCGCAGAGAGCACCCCCAUGGAGGUAGUGACCCUUCUCAACGACCUCUACACCUGCUUCGACGCCAUCAUUGACAACUUUGACGUCUACAAGGUGGAGACGAUUGGCGAUGCCUACAUGGUGGUCUCGGGCCUGCCGGUUCGGAACGGCAAGCUGCACGCCCACGAGAUCGUCCGGAUGGCCCUCGCCCUCCUCGAGGCGGUCAAAACCUUCCGCAUCCGACACCGGUCCAAUGAGCAGCUGCACCUCCGCAUCGGCAUCCACUCGGGACCCGUGUGUGCUGGGGUGGUGGGCCUCAAGAUGCCACGCUACUGCCUCUUUGGGGACACAGUCAACACUGCAUCACGGAUGGAGUCCAACGGCGAGGCUCUGAAGAUCCACGUGUCCUCCAGCACCAAGGAGAUCCUGGAUGAGUUUGGCUGCUUUGAGCUGGAGCUGAGGGGAGACGUGGAGAUGAAGGGCAAAGGGAAGAUGAGGACAUACUGGCUCCUCGGGGAGAAGAACGCGGUGGUGAUCUGACCCGGUGGGGGCGGCGGCCCCUUCCCUCCUCCAACCCCUCCCACUUUGGGGCAGCCGCCGCCCCUCCUGCUAAGAGCCACCACGACCGGCUCAGCCGAGGAAGGCGCAGGCGCAGCAGGAGGGUGUGGGUGAGAGAGGAAGGGCCGAGGGACCAGCGGGGGGGGGGGCUCCCUCUCCAGAGAAGCCACCGCGCCCAGCCCAAAGGCUGCCUCGUCCUCGCUGAAGACCGCCUGCCCCGUCCCACGCGCAGAACCGGCAACGGGCCUGCAGGAGCUCAAGCGACCCUUUGGGCCAGGGCUGCCCCCUCCCCCCCCCGCACAC